GGCUCAGAAAAAAGUCGAGAAGAGUUGUGAAACACCCCAAAUUUUUUGACGUAUGUUGAUGUGUAUGUGUUUUUACCUGCGGUUAUUCAGCGAGGUCGUCGUGCAUGUUGAAAAGCUGCUUUGACUUGUUGUUUGUUUCGUGCAAAAGGGGUCCUCGUUUCUGUGUACUUAGAAUCUUCGAGAAGAAUCCUCAGACUGGCCAGGAGCUUCGUCGAUAGCAUCAUUUCUUUGUAUUUGUCUGAUGCUCCUGGUCCUGCGCAUCUUUAUCCGGCAAUAUAUCAUCCUCUCUCUAACCCAUCAUGAUUGUUGUAGCUUGUAGUGUCCCCUCCUGCUUUCAUCCCCCGCCUUUUUGGUUUCUUCUUCGUCCUGAUUGACAGACACCGAUGGUUCUCUCGUGUGGUCCUUAUCUAUUCUCUAUCGACGUGUUUGUCAAGUCAUGUUGUGGAUUUAUUCAAGACUGGGGACACGGACAUUCAUCUCUUUGAUUGCUCCAUAAGGGUCAUCAAACAUCACUCUUGAAUUGGCGAGAAUGAGUUGUGAUGAUAAAUUGAUUUUUGUGUAAAUGAUUUGAUAUUUUGAAUUUACGGUGUAAGAUAUAAAGUGUGGCUGAUAUUACCAAAUGCGCCCUAGAACUUGUACUUGAACUAGCUACAUCAACAUGCAUAAGAAAGUGGCACAUGAUCAAAAUGAGUUGUCGUCGUAUUCGCGCAAGCGCGAACGCCUUACCACUAAAGACGCCAAGAACACUUUUUUGGUGUUCCAAAAAAAGCGCGUUAUGGCGAACACUCACAACCAUGGCACCAGCUUGCUUGCUUCUCGGUCUCAUUUUCGUACGACGACCUCGCGUCGCGUCAAAAGUCCCAACACAAGUUGGACAAAACGCGAAUUAUCAUGCUGGGCGUGAGGAAAAAAGUAGCGGAGAAGAUUCCCCGGAGAAGGUGAAUGACGAGGACGUCCACCAGCACGACUACAUCGGCAUGCAGACACUUUUUCCUGUUCAAUUUGUCGAGUCGCAGUUCAUGCACCUUCCGGUUCCCAAGGAGCUGCAGAAAGAGGCGUUGAGUGCGACGGAGGCACAGGAAGUGUUCGAUGGAACACGAGAAUACACUACGCCUUGAAAAACUAGUUUCUCAAAAUCAUGCUGGCGAGUCGUGGUGGGUGUUGGGUUGUAUUCUUCAUCUCCCGUCGAAGAAGCAAAGUCCUGGACGAUCUACAGUAGUGUGUUAUUUCGCUGGGAUAAGCCGCCUGAAAACCAUGUUGACCUUGACACGUCAGCAUAAGAUAAUCAUGAGAAACUAGAAGUACAGCUGAUUCUAAGUACGAGGCAAAGAGUUAUUUUCCAUACGACCUGGAGACGUACGCUAAUGAGGCUAUGCUCUCGUGGUUCGAAAACAUUCGUGGCCGCUACAACGAAACCGCAUACGAGGAAGAGAUAGACAAAUACUUAGACAGUGCCGGGAAGGAAAUGCCGAUUUUGAUGAAUAACUACGUUAACGAUUACUUUCACGUUAACGGGACGAACGACUCUUCGAAACAGGUAUGCAGACAGGAUGGUCACGUAAACCUGCUUGUGAUUAGUCGUGAUUGUGAUUCGUCAUACUCGUAUCAGAGGGAGGGGCCCAAACCCAUGCAAAGAGGAUGAUUCUUGAUCACAAAGACGAACGAAGUUUUCUCAGCAAAAGUAGCUUGGAAGAAUAUUUCCGUAGGGAAUUAUGAUCGGUUUAUUCGGUAGGUCCCACUGUCAUAUCACCCCCCAUUGAUUUUUCAUAUCGGCUUGCAUGCAAGCGUGGAAACCUUCGUGGAAGCCGACGCACAGUGACGAUUCGCGAAACCGUUUCGGUUUCUUGUUUCGCGAUUGCCUGUCUUAGUGUGUGGCUCUAUGUUGCCUGUUGUACCACAUAUUUUACCCGAGUGCCGGUUCACGCACUAAAGGCGCCAAUCAAGCGGGUCAAACAGGCCCAGCGACGAGUAAUCGUGGACGACUAGGGAUGAGGACUUCUUCAUCAUCGUUAAUGCAAUCGAUUUCUUGCUCAUUCAAACAGCACGGUCCUCCGAGAAGUAAGUUCCGCUCCUUUGCUGAAACAGGCUGUCUGCUGGCGCAUGAAAAACAUCUUCAUCUCGGGCCACGCGCAUGAAACGAAGCAUGAUGACAAAGCGAAGUUGAGUUGGUCACGGACUGAUUUUGCUAGAAGCAAGCAGGCUCACUGUCUUGGUUGACGUCUUCAAGAAGAAAACGUUUGGACUCUGACGGAUGUAUCGGCACAAGUGGAUUCUCAAGACGUGAAGAUGCACUUAGAGGACACGACAGCGUUUCUCGAAUCUUCUUCGCUCCAGCAUUGGCUUGACCAAGUACUUACUUAUUUGUGUAAGACGACGAAGGAUAUUUUUUCCAUCAACUUUUAUUUUCGGCGGAAUCCGUUCCGACUGUGUAUGAUCGAGCAAUUUUGAUUCGUCACGAUUCGCUUGAAGUCGGAGAUGAUGUAGAGGAUAAAAGUACAACUUGCAUGGUGCAGAGUCACUCAGAAGUCUAGCCACGGACGCAAGCAAAAUGCACUUGAAUAGCAGGUAAGGUUUUUCAAAAACUAAUCUUCGGCCGCGGGUCCGUCGACGAAGAGAACAGCUUUUUGUGCAAUUGCAUGACAUGAAAAUCAGCUCGAAGGACUACUUUCAUCAGGUG